AUGUUUACGAAAAGUGCCAUUGUUACCUGGCUAUUUUCGUAUAACUUAGGGCAGCUAGAGAUCGAACCCGAUGGCGCUGGCGUAGACGACGGAGAAAAUGCCGGUAAAGAUGAUUUCGGUGAAGAUGAUUUCGGUGAAAAUGAUUCCGGUGAAGAUGAUUUCGGUAAAGAUGAUUCCGGUGAAGUCGAUGAUAAAGAAGAUGACCAUGAAGGCAAGUUAGAAGCAAUACACGAGCUGCCAACCUUCAAUCCGUUGUCCAAUGUACAUCCUGCCUUGUUUCCAUUCUGA